CACUGCGACCGAAUUACCCCGCCAUCGUCACAAAACACCCUGCUUGCGUAUACACAUUCAGACAUAUCCUAACCACAAAACCAACGUCAAAAUGCCCACAGCAACAAACGACCCCUUCGAUUCGCUGCUCACCCUCGAGGACACGCUCUACACCUCGGCCUACGAGCAGGGCACUCGCGAUGGUGCGCGCGCCGGACGCAUAGAAGGCAGAAUCUUUGGGCUGGAGAAGGGAUUCGAAAAGUUUGCUGCUUUGGGUGCAUUGCACGGGAGGGCGAUUGUGUGGUCGUCGCCCCUCACCUCGCCGCCUUCCACCACCGACGCCCUCUCCUCGUCCACUCCAAGGAUCACCCGUCUUAAAAACAAUACCCAUACACUGCUCCACCUCUCCGACCCUUCCACCUUCAGCACGCUAAACACCGACGAUGCUGUCGCAGACUACGACGACCGCUUCAAACGCGCAACCGCCAAAUGCAAGAUCAUUGAGCGUGCUGUGCAAGUCAUCGGCUCUUCCGCCUCCGAUGGCAUUGACCUAGACGAUACGGUAGGAACCAUUGAGUAUGACCAACAUGUCGACGGUCAUGAUGAAGCUGGCAUGGGCCAUCUCAGUCCACACCACGCAAGCCUACCUACAGUGGACAGGACAAAGGCAAGAAAAUCACCUAGAAAAGUAGGCCCUGGUCAAGUGAACAGGGCCACAAAGAUAUCAGGUAGCAGCGGCCAACAUCGCAAGCAAAGUGAUAAUAUGGAAGAUUUUUCACUUCCUUCGAGCAGCACUACUCGACUACCUUGA